CUUGAGCCGAGAUUACGCCACCCUCUCCCCCUCGAGGUUCACAAAGGCCAGCCAUUCGAUCAUAAUCCUCUCUGAACCAUACAGAUAUACCAUGCGCACGAUAUGAGGACCAUCGGAUCGGUCCUCUGGCCGAAAUUCAGAGUCCUACAAAUCUAUGGCGCAAAUACUGGAGUGGGAAAGACCAUCUUCAGCUCGAUCCUGUGCCGAGCAUUCAGGAAGAAGUUGGAGAAUGUCAAGUAUCUGAAGCCCAUUUCCACCGGACCGCUCGAGGAAGCAGAUGACCAUCACAACAAGUCAUUCAAUGGAAAUAUCGUCGACUCGAAAUGUCUUUUCCAAUUCGACGAUCCCGUCAGUCCCCAUCUGGCAGCUCGGACGAUGGGAAAAGUCGUGCCUGAUGCAGAGGUCCAAGCAGCCGUGUACGACGAAUUGAAAUCGUAUGUCGAUGGUCGACAAGGGAUUGCCAUUGUGGAGACUGCCGGGGGUGUCCUUUCGCCAUCACCUUCGGGUAGCUCACAAGCAGAUCUCUACCGACCACUGCGGCUGCCUUCGCUGCUCGUGGGCGAUCACAGACUCGGAGGGAUUGCCACGACGAUCUCGGCAUGGGAGUCGCUUCAUCUUCGAGGAUAUGAUGUUUCCACCAUCGCAUUGUUUGCGGGUGAGAGAUAUCAGAAUUACGAGUAUUUGAGAGAUUACUUUCGCGAACGGCAGAUCGAUACGUUCGCUGUGGAGGAGCCGCCAGAGAGGCAGAGUUCGAUUGUCGCAGAUCGAGAAGCGAUGCAGCGAUACUAUCAGAAGGCUAGUGAGCAGGAGAGUGUAGAAGCUUUCACGGAGAGCUUUCUCGAUGCCCAUGAACAGAGGAUCCAGGACAUUCGAAUCAUGUCCGAAGUAGCCAACGAGGCCAUCUGGCAUCCUUUUAUGCAACAUACCGAGCGCUCAAAAGAUACCAUCACAGCAUGGGAUUCUGCCUACGGUGAUCACUUUCAAGCAUAUCGGACAGCUCAUGAGCGCGAGCUCACGUCAGUGGCGAAUGCAUCACUCCUCAAGCCCGCGUUUGAUGGCUCAGCGUCCUGGUGGACCCAAGGUCUGGGACACGGCAACCCCCAACUGGCAUUGACUGCAGCGCACGCAGCGGGUCGAUAUGGCCAUGUGAUGUUUGCCAACGCGGUGCACCAGCCUGCGCUCGACUUGGCCACGACAGUGAUCAACAAGUCUGGCAACCCGCGAUUGGCCAAAGUCUUCUACUCGGACAACGGAUCGACCGGGAUGGAGGUCGCGGUGAAAAUGGCUCUGCGCGCGACAGUGGAGAGGUACAAACCACAGGAUCGCCGCAGCCUGGAUAUACGGAUCGUGGGACUGAAGAAUAGCUACCAUGGCGAUACCAUCGGUACGAUGGACUGUUCCGAGCCAAGCAUAUACAACGAAAAAGUCGAAUGGUAUCGAGGCCGCGGCAUCUGGCUGGAUUUUCCCACUGUCAAGAUGCGGCAGGGUGUAUGGCAAGUCGAAGCCAUUGCCGGCACAGGCGAGACACGAGCCUUUGACUCGCUCUCGGCAAUCUUCGCCUUUGAGCAGCGUCAGGGAGACGCACAAGUGUACAAAAAGCACAUUCGAGAAACUCUCCUCGAGCGAGUAGCGCACGAAGGCGCCAGUCUAGGAGCUCUCGUGAUCGAACCCAUCAUCUUGGGAGCAGGCGGAAUGCUCUUUGCCGAUCCACUCUUCCAAAAAUGUCUCGUCGAAGUCGCCAGAGAAUUCUACACGGACUCUUUUACGCCUGUGAGGGCUUCAUCUACCACAAUCACCAAUAACAACAACAACAACGAAAAAGACCCCCUCGCCUGGCAAGGCAUACCCAUCAUCUUCGACGAAGUCUUCACAGGCCUCUACCGUCUCGGCCACUUCAGCGCCGCCAGUUUCCUCGCCGUGCAACCCGACAUUGUCGUCAACGCCAAAUUACUCACCGGCGGUCUUCUCCCCCUCUGCACCACCACAGCCAGCAACUCCAUCUUCUCAGCCUUUUUAAGUCCGGACAAAACUGAUGCGCUCCUACACGGACACAGCUACACUGCACAUCCUGUGGGAUGUGCAGUUGCGAAUGAGAGUUUACGUACAUUUGAAAAACUCGAUACGAGUGGAGCGUGGGAUGCUUUUCGACGGGAUUGGACACUACCAGCUGCAACAUCAACACCAAACCCAACAACUAAAUCCCCUCCCACCCCCCACAUCUGGAGUAUGUGGUCCCACACCUUCCUAACCACAGCCUCUCACAAACCCUCCGUCGAGCACGUUUUCGCCCUCGGUUCCGUCGUAGCCAUCUGCAUCAAAGAUCCCGCCGGAGGAGGAGGAUAUGCUUCCACAGCAGCAACAAGUCUACGCGAUGAGCUUCUCGAAGAAGACGGAGAAGUGCCAGGAACGUCAGAUGGAGCGGUGAUACAUUCGAGAGUCAUGGGGAAUAUUUUAUAUGUGAUGGCGGCGUUGACGACGAGUGAGGCGACGUUGAGAGGGAUUGAGGAGAGGGUGUUGAGGGCGUUGGAGUGAGCGGAGCGAGUGGAAGAGCGUGAGAGCGGAGCGAGAGGUACCUAUCCUAUCCAUAUCUGUCAUCAUCUCUGCUCUCCGUCACCUCAUCUCCUCUCCUCCAGCGCAAACCUGGCAACAAAAAAAAAGCAAAAGAAAAGAAAAAUACCUCGUAUACAUCCUAUCUCCUUAUUACCACACCAUCUCGCAC